UUUAUUUUAUAUAUUAAUUAUUUUUAGCCACUUUGUUCGAUCACUCAUUUUAUAAAAUAAGGUUUCGCCAUGCUGUGGUUAUUAAUUCUACUGGCGUUAUGUAUGACUUACUGGAUAUUUUACACGAGACGGCUACCAGACGAGCCGCCGAUGCUGCCAGGCGCUUUGCCAUUUAUUGGACACUCUCACAAACUUCUGGGAAGCACGGAGAAUUUCUGGAAGCAAAUCAAGGAUAUGAGUUACAAAUGCAUGGAUUUGGGCCAUGUAUCAUAUUUCUACUCUGGACCAUACAAAUUUUACAUUUUAACUGAUCCAGAUGACAUAUACAAAUUAUCAAACACAUGCCUCGAAAAAGAUAAGUUUAGCCACGAUUUCACAAAGGAACUUCUCGGCGAUGGAUUGCUAUUUUCGCGAGUACCAACGUGGAAGCGACACCGUAAGCUCAUAAGUCCAGCGUUUAAUCAGCAAAUACUUGAUGGUUUCAUGGAUAUCUUUAAUUCACAAGGCAGACGUAUGGUGCAGCGAUUAAAACAGGUUGACGGGAAGGGCCCUUUUGAUCAUUCGCAUUACGUAAGGCAGAAUUUUAUGGAAACUAUUUGUUUAACGGCAUUAGAUGAUUGUAUAACUGAAGAAGAAGCAGUAAAUUACGUGAAAGCAUUUGAAUCGUAUCUUAAUAACAACAUCGUUAGAUUCCAGAGCUUCUGGCUACAUUCAAAAUUUUUGUAUAACUUUAGUAGUCUUAAGAAGAAACAAGAUGCUUGUAUGCAAUUUUUACACGAUACAUCUGAUUCUGUUCUAAGGAAAAAGAGGGCUCAGAGAAAACUUAGUAAAGUUUCUAAUACAUGCAAAGAUACAAAUCCUAAAGUAAAAGUUUUUAUGGACCUGAUGUUGGAUCUCGAUGAAGGGACACUAACAGAUCAAGAAAUAAGGGAUGAAAUGAAUACUAUUAUGAUGGCAGGCCACGAUACAUCGGCUAAUGUUAUUGUUUUUGCUUUAUUGCUGAUCGGAUCGUACCCUGAUGUUCAGGAACGAAUCUACAAAGAAUUACGAGAAGUAUUAGAAGACAGAGAUGUUGAAAAACAAGAUUUGUCUCGUCUUGUGUAUUUGGAGGCAGUUCUUAAAGAGACUAUGAGAUAUUACGUGAUGGCGCCUUUCGUUGGUAGAUAUAUUGAUCAGGAGGUCAAGUUAAAGAAUUGCACACUAAAACCUGGGCAUAAUUGUCUUAUGCUCUUAUAUGCUGUUCAUCGGAAUUCAAUAUGGGGUCCUGAUGUUGAAGAAUUUAUACCGGAGAGAUGGUUGGAUCCAGCAAAGAUGCCGAAUAACACCAGUGCCUUUACUGGUUUUAGCAUUGGAAAAAGGAAUUGCAUAGGUAAAACUUAUGCCAUGAUGUCAAUGAAGACCCUUCUAAGUCAUUUGCUCCGUCGAUAUAAAUUGCACGCAAAUCACACAAAUGUAGUUUUAAAACUAGAUGUCUUGCUCAAACCGGUAUCGGGACAUUUUAUUUCUAUUGAAGAUAGAUUAAAAUUAUAAAAAACCA